CUUAACAACCUGUGACAUCAUCAUUGUGUUCGUGUUCUGCCCUGCUUCCACCUGAUAGAGGCCUACAACUGCUGCAGGUACGUCUUCUGAUCAACUGGACUCCAAAAGUUUGACAAGACUAACCGAACGGAGUGGGGUGGAGACAGCUGGAUCGCAAGUGCGGACCCAGAGCUUCCUGUUGACAGAAAAGACUUUUCUAUCGGUUGAACUGAGCUGGAAUAGAGAUUAUCUGAGUGACUUCCUUAUUCAAGUUGGAAACACACAGACAAAGUUCAUGGCCAUGGCACCUGGAACUCAAUGCAGAUACAAGAAUCUCCUCAGAAUGGUGCAGCUCUCCUACAUUUCUGAAGUAAUGAAGGAGACGAAGUUGGAAAAGCACAUGUGAUCCUGACGCGUUCUGUUAAACACUGGAGGUGAGCAGCUCGAAAAAAUUGAAAUGAGUCACAAGGGACAAGAAAGUGAGGGGACGGGACUGAGAGAUGUCUUCGACAUAUUACUUAAAGAGCCUACGGAGCGACUGCUGAGCUUGACUAUUCAGCUGGGCGAGUCUCCUGAAGAUGAUGUCAUACACAUCUUGUGUCUGAUCAUCCUCCAGAGAGAGCAACAGGUCCUGAACAAACUCCAGAUGCUGAAGGACAAUGGCCUCACCAAACAUCUGGCUGAAAGGUGGAGAAUGAGUGGAGGUAAAUUAGAAGAUUUUAGGGAUUACUGUGGUGAUUUUCAAGAGUUUACAGGAGAAACUUUGGCCGUGUUGGCUCGAAUUUUUAGGGUUUUGUCGGAGCGGAGACUGUGCGAUCCAAACCUGAGGAAUCUGGCCUAUCAGAGAGCUGUUUCUGUUGACAGCCAAAAAACAAGCAGUUGUGAGGAUCUGGAAUAUGAUAAACUCAGAGAGGAAGCUAAAUUUGUCUGUGGGCCUCAGUUUGAAGAGUGGAUGUGCUCUUUAAGAGACCUUAAGUCAGGGUCUUUGCGUGAUCCUCAAAGAAGCCUGGAUGAAACCUUAAAAGUUACGAAUUGGUCAGAGAGAGGUUACAGUCUUGCCAGCCCCCUGGAGGCGAGCUCCUCAAUGCCCUCAUACCCUACUCAUCUAGAAAUUAGUAUUCCUCCAACAGCCUUGUUUGAAGAGGUCAAAAUAUCCUCAGAAGCAACCGAUCAACCCAAAUUGAACACUUUGGUCCUUGCUCCUGGGCAGUCUCACUCAUCUGAGGAGCCUAAAUCGAAUGAACCUGCUCCGCUUGAAACAAAGAUAGACUCAAAGAGGCACACAGCACUCGGAGAACAUUGCAGGAAGUUGGACAUUAAGAUUCUCGCUCAAAACCAAACCACCAAACCAAGCAGUAUACCAAACUUUGAACCUCCUACUACAGCGAACACUCUUGUCCCCAAGGUACCUGUUCUAGAUGACAUGCAUAAAAGUGAAGCUGCAGACAAGGAGGAGGCAAUAUUUUAUGCAUUCGUUAUCCUGCAUUCACCAGAGGACACAGACGUGGCCGAGAGUAUGAAGGAACAAAUGGAAAUGUUCUCUGGCUGCGAAGGUGCGACUUUCUCAGGGGACUUUGCCAUCCCUGGAAAGAGCACCCUGAGGUGCGUGGAGGAUGCUAUCAACAACUCAGCCUUCACCCUCCUGUUGCUCACCCGCAACUUCAACACUCGCAUGUUGGAGAUGGAGACAGAGACAGCCCUGAUCAACUCCAUAAACAACAAACACAAGCACAACACGGUUAUCCCUCUGCUACCACGGGAGAACAGCAUGCCGAGACAGAGCAUGCCCAUGGUUCUCAGCACAUUAAUUCCGUUAGAGGAGAACAGGAACUUUGAGAAAAAAGUGAAAAGGUCGUUGUGUCAAGUAAACGUUAAAAAACAAAAGAAAAUCUGGGAAGAGGGGCAGAGAAUGAAAAGUGAGAUGGAGAGACAGGAAGAACUGAAGCGAAUAAAUCAGUAUCAAAAGCAGCUGAUCCAACAGUGUAAAGAAGCACAGUCACUGGAGCGAGAUAACCUGAGUCUUUUAAUGAAACAAAAGCUUCUUCUUGGUCAACAGGAUGUUGGUGACGGCGGUGAUAGGUGGCAACAACCAUCAAGCAUCCAUAUUGAGAAUGCUAAUUACAUAAUGAUUGGUAAUGACUCACAAAUGACUGUGGAUCACUGUGGAGAUGCAGUCAAGGAUGAUACAAUUUAUUCUGAGAAGAAGCAAUAAACUCACAUGGAAAAAACUUUAAAAAAAACACUAUAAGACAUUCACUGCAGACUGUUUCUUUAUAAAGAUAUCCAGAUAAGGUAUACUGAGACCUUUUAGAUUCAAGUUUAGCUGAGGAGCGCCAUCUACUGACUGAUGUAUGACAUGCACUUCCUGACCUCUUCAGCUGUAUAAACCCAACAUAGACACUAGGGUGCAGUGUUGUUUCACUUUCCUCGUGGCUCCUUAUCGUCCUUCAUUAGUGCAGUGACAUCCAACAGCAUCACUGCUCUGUUGUCAGAAAGCCACAAGAGAGUGAAUACUAGCUGGAUUUUAAGACAUUCUAUAUGUUGUAUGACGAUAUAUUUCAACAAAUACUGUCCAAAUUUAACAGAUUUUCACAGAUCUCAUUUGGACUAUCUUUAUUCCUCGUCUGGUAACACUUGUUGUUGCAGAGGACAACAGCAGCAAGCAGCAGGCUGUCAACAAAAUCUGCUGGUUGCCAACAAAUGAUUGAAUGAUUUGUACCACAGCCUUUAGCCACAUUUGUCUUACAGUUUGUUUUUGAUGGAUGAAAGGAUUUUAUUAGUUGCCAUCUUCUUUAGCUCUUGUUUUACUGUAAAUAUCAGCUCUCUUUUACACUUUUAACUGAAAGAUGCUUUAUUAAUGCCUUUUGGUUUUUUAUGGGAUUUUUUUUGCUUGUAUUGUCCUGUCUGUGUGAGUGAUAUCUAAAGGUUCUAAAGGUUCUCCAGGCUGUUGAUGGGAUGUACAUGUUGAUUCAUAAAUGUUGUUGUUUUCUCUUCAAUCCUUUCAAAUACAGUUGUUGCUAAUUUGGGUUUCAUUCAUUGGUGGAAGAAAUAUCAAAAUUCUUCUCUGCAUCGGUAUUCACAUUGGAAAAUAUUUCAUAAGGAAUAAAAAUAAUAUAUUUCAAUCAAACAAUGGUUUAGGUCAACAAUCAUUUAAAGUAAAUUUAACUUUAUUACCAAGGAGGUUAUGUUUUCAUCUGUGUUUGUUAGAAGUAUAAAACUAAAGCUACUCAGACGAUUUCCAUGACUUUCUGUGGAGCAUGAGCCCAGGAUUUUGGUGUGGAUCUGGAUCAGGGGGCAUGAUUUUUUUUUGCAUUUGUGUUAACAGAUUCAAGGAUCUUGGUGCAAAACAUAUUUACUGAUAGUAGUGAGUGUGUGCAAUUCAAAUAAAUUUGGUGCAGUUACUAAUACAAAUUCAGGUCUAGAGAACUAAAGUUUUGUUUCAUAAGGGGACUGAUGGACUUUGGGGUUCAAAUCUUAUUGUGUAGCUACAUGAUAUAUAAAGUGUGGCUCAACAGGUUUUUUCAGCAAAAUUAUGCUGGAUUAAUAAUCUGAGCACUGUGGCAAAAAACUAAUUUUUUUAAAUUUUAGGUGCUGCAUUUUUACUAGAAACAAGGAAGCCACUGUAUAGUUUUCUCUGAAUUAUUCUUAAUACAUACAUACAUUCUUAAUACAACAUGUUGUGAACCAUGUAAAUCUUUAUCUUUAAAGCAUCCAGGUUAGCAACUCGCUCUAGUCUCUGUUUGUAUGGCUUGAUUCACCUGGUUCAUCCAAGUUUAACUCUACUUACAGAACAACUUGAGCAUGUACAAGGUCCAGGCUUAGCGAUGCCCAUCUUGAAGUUGUACUCAGGGUUUCUAACUUUGACCUCAAUCAUGACAAAUGUGGCUCAGCUGUGUGAGCAAAGGCACCGCCCAUGUUCACCCCUGACUGUUGGUUGGUUGGUUUGUAUGUUGGUUUGUUUUUGGAGAUGACACAAAACAACUGGAUGGAUUAUCAAGAAACUCGAUGGAGGAAAGAACCGAUAAAAUGUUUUGUGUGAA